AUGAAUAGGAAGUUCUUUUAACUAAGAUAGAUGACAAGGAAUCUUGACGAGUGUUUCAAAGAAGAUUUAGAUCUCUAUGUAAAAUUAUUGUAAAAGAAACACCAGCCAAAUACAUAAAAAUUGAACAAUGAUAAAUAAAUGUUAUAAUAAUGGGAUUAAUUCAAAUAGUUUAGAUUAUCAAGCAUAAUAGAUACAACUUUGGAUUCGGAUAUAUUUAAGAUAUGUAUUUGUGAUUUUUUGAAAAAAAAAAAAGUAAGUAUGGAAUUUUGGAUAAAAGUUGCAUAUGAUGUAUUUCAUGAUGAAACUAAAGGUAAAUAAGUUAGAAUGAAAUUUUGGAGAUCAAUGAGAAAGAAAUCUAAUAGUUUGGAAUUAGAUUUAAAAAAUAAAAAAUGGCCUUUAGCAUGGAGAUAUUUAGAAAGAGAACCAUGUUUAAAUCUUGAAUUAUUGAAAUUGUAUGAGCAAUACAUGCCAAUACGUCCGUUUUUUGCUUAAACUUUAAAUACUAUGACAAACAUAACUUGUGAUUUAAGAAGAAUGCCAAUGUUAAAGGAAGAAAAAUCAAUAGAAUUUGAUCUAUCUAAAACAACUUGGUUUCCUAAAAUAGAUAUGUGUGGACCAGCUAUUUUAGAGUAAUUAUCUAGUUCAGAUAACUUCUUUUGCGAAUAAUUAAUUAAAUUUACAACAGAAAUGAAAGCAAUAAUGUUUCCAAUUUUAGAUUUCUUUAGAUUAGAUAAGAAAAAAGGAAGAAUAAUUAAUUUAUAUGGUGAACAACAUGAUUUUGUAUUAGAAGUACUUUAUUCAUUAAAAGCUUUUUGUGGAUAAUCAAUAAAUUAUACUUAAGGAUCAUUAAAAAAGAAAAAGAAUUAUAAAUGUACAAAUUCAUAUAAAAUUAAUGAAAUGUAAUGUAGCAUUAUGUUAACAACAUUAUCAGAAAAUGAUUUAAAUUAAGAUGUAAUUAAUGACAUUUAAAAUAAUAUUUAAGGAGGUUAUUCAGCAUUUAUUUAAGAUAAUUAAAUGUAUUAUCACAAUGAAAAGAAUCAAAGGUUAGUUCUUAUAUUCAGUUAAAAAUAAUUACAAUUUGGAAGAUUGAAAAAAGGAAUUAAAUUCUAUUAAAUUCCUGAUUAGCAGAUAUCUGUAUUAAAAAAUAAAUUAGAUUAUGAAUUUCUAGUUUAUUAUUCAAACAUUUUAUUUAAUAAAUGUAUGAUAGUAUAAUAGAAUUGCAGUUCAAGAAAGCCUUUCUAUCAAGUGAUGAUUUGUAUGUGGACAUAUGUAUUGGCUGUCUAUUUAUCAGGUGAAAUUCCAAAUUUGGAAGGAGUUAAUGUUUUUUAAGAUAAUGAUAAGGAAGAUUCUUUAGUAGACAUUUAAAUUGAUUUAGGAUUAAGUUCUUAUGAAUAAACUUAUGCUGAACCUGAAUUUGAAUAAGACUAAUUUUAAAAAACAAGCUUUGAAUUUACAAACCAAGUUGGAGGAGUUAGUUUAGACCCAAGUGAAGAGGAAGACUGUAUGAUUGUAGACUAAAUAUAAAAAAAAAAGAAAAUUAUCUUAGUAUGA